AUGUCUCAGUUUAUGAAGCAAUCCCUUUACCUGAAGGCUGCUGUUUGUACAUUGGCAAUGGGAUUUGUGACACACAUUAUAAGUUUUGCAUCUCCAUAUUGGUUUAUAAGUGAAGGAGGUGUGAAUCUUGGAUUAUGGCUCAACUGUGUGGGAACAUCUUGUGACGACAUAACAUCGCCUCCAGGUUGGCUUCGCAGUACCCAGGUGUUAGAAACGGUCGCCGUUGUCAGCGGAUUAACCAGCUUUGUCGUUCUGACGGUGACGGCCAUUACACAGAACUACAAACAGCAGCAAAGAAAGGCCCGACACAUAGUAAUAAUAGUGUUAUCGUUUCUGUCAGCCGUGUUUCUACAGAUCGCUAUUGCUGUGACCAUCCGAUCGAACUUCACUGUCGGAGGAUCGUCACUGUCCUGGGCUCUCUCUGUUAAUAUUCUAGCCUUAGUUCUAUAUGGAACCACAGGAGUUGUGCUGAUAAUUGAUAUUCUUCAUCUAAUCUUCCACGGAGGGACUCCAAAGGAAACACCAACGCUGAAGUUGUGA